AGGCUCACACUUCAACGUAGUGGCACCUAUCCACAUCCUACCUUACGCGAGCCGGCAAUGAGUCAGUUUUUUCAAACACAAGGCGGUUUAGCCGAGUAAUCAAUUUCAUAGAUCGCAGGAGUCUAAAGAGUACAUAGUACCGUGUUUCGACCAAAUUUAAUGCCAGGCUUCUAAGCCGUUUUAUUUCACAGGCUUCCAGUUUGGGUCCGCGUAAUAUUUACAAAUUGUUUAUUCAUAAGAUGGAUUUUUUAUAUGUGCUCCUGGGAUGUUUAACGUGGACUGUGGUCGCCAGCGAUCCACAAGCUCCGCAGCCCGUUCAGUCUGGACGUAAUCCUUCUCGAAAUCCCUCUAUCCUGUCCUCAAGUAGGCAGAAUUUACAGUUACGCGCUCCAGCAGAUUCCCUUUCGAUGCCCGUUCAGUCUGAUUCCUCGCAACAAGUUGGGCCGAUCGGGAAGAAGUCGGAUAUUGCCUAUCAGUGCACUUUUUUUCAUAACUCAUCUUACAGCUGCAAAACGGACUGCACGGAAGAGGAUGAUCUUCACAGCGUGCCGUUUCCAGAUGCGCCACAGUUGAAAUAUAUGGAUCGGAAUUGUUCAACGGAUGUACCCGUUGCCGGCGCCACUUGGAAACCGUCUAACGGUUUCAUUAAGCGCCGUGCUGAUCCUUCCCGCGGCAACCAAGUCAUCGCUACCUGUAGUUUUUAUAAAACGUCUUGGUUUGAGUGUUACGGAAUCGCCGACUGCAGUCUUGGACCCGGGGUUUUAACCUGCGCGGGAGGGGCGCCAUGGAGAGGUUAUUAUGAAGGAAGUCCAGAGAAAGGUACAUUGCGCGGCAAUGUCACCGCGGAAGCUAUGAACAGUCCUCCUGUGCAUCCUACUCCACAGAAACCACAGACACGACCGGAAGCUCCCGGGGCUACAACUGGAAGCGAAGGUGCCACGCCCCGCCCCAAUGUGCUUCUUUCCGCACCAAAAAAGGUUGUGGUAGCAUGUGAAAAAUUUGUGGAUUCAAGCGCGAUGUGCUAUGGUUUCGAUAAGACAUGCUCAGGGCCACCGGAACAACAGAUCUGCUCGCACAGCCGGAAGUAUAUUCCUCGCACCUCUACGAGCGAAGCAUAUUACGGCAGAUUUGAUUCGGUAGUCCAGGCAGUCCAGGAAGAUUCGCUGUUGAUGGCUGCGGAUAUUGUUGCCGAGUGCUAUUUUUAUGACAACAACGAAUAUUUAUGUGGAUUUCCUUUCGGUGUUUCGCUAAAGUCUGACCAUUCCUUAUCGAUACAGCCGACUCGUGGCCGAUAUUAUCGCAGCAAAAAAGGAUCUGCUUAAGCUUACCAUAUAAGUUUGCGAUGGUCGUUUGAAGAUACCUCUCUUCUUUUUUUUAAGGUUUAACUUUUACACUCCUCUGGUGCUCGUGAUACGCUACCAAAUACAGUUUCAUAGUUAUCACAUUACUAUACAAUUUCAUAGUUACAAAGUAUUAGACUUGUGUAUUGUACUGAUAUGAUGGUGCUGCUACCGCAUUCCAGCCCCAGGUACUUAAUUCAAGUAGCCAGUCAUCAUAAAAAAGUAUCGUGGAAAACUAAUGUAAUGGUUUCUUUGCAGCUUUUUUGGAUACAAGAAAUUCACCACGUUCAGAAUAUUUUAUCUGUUUAAGUUUAAGAGUGUGUACAGCUGUACCAUAGCGCAAUAAUUGCACUGCC